AUUCCAAGCUUCUCCCUUCUUCCUCUGUCUCUUCUUCCCUCGCCCCAUUUUCCUCUUCUCCCCCUUUCUCCGAACGGAUCACCGGCGAGCAGCAGCUACGGUGACAACAACACCAGGCGCCUCCGCCUCCCUUCUUCCUCUUUCUCUCCUCUUUUCCCCCUUCUUUUCUCCUCUCUUUUUGCAGGACCGCCAGGCAGCAGCGACCAGUAGCAGCAGCGGCGACGACAAGCAGCAGAGACGACUCCGGCGUGCAACGAGGCGCAGCUGCGGCUCCAGCGAAGGAAAAGUUGCGUGAGGUCAGUGACGCCGGCAGAAAACAGCAGCUCCGGCCAUUCCGGUGGAGCUUUUGAAAAUUUCGAGUUUUGUUAAACAGAUGGAUAUCACCAGGAGACUCGAAAUCAUGGCGCGGAAGAAGGCGCAAAGGGAUACCAAACCGUCGGCGAAGAAGCCGAACCAGAACCGUAUGAGCAGCGCUGAGCGCUCGGCACUCUUUGCACGUAGAGAAGCUGCAAAGGUUUUGCGAACUAUUCUACAAGGAGACGCUCGACGUCGAGCCGUUGGCACCAUCAAGUCGUUGGUUUAUAGUCCCUCUGUCAGGAACAAAAGAGCUACUUAUGCUUUGGUUUGUCAAACUCUCAAAUAUCUUCCCGUUAUCAAGGAUGUCUUUCACACUACCAAUGUGCUGAGUAGCAAGUGGAAGAGGCAAGAAGAAUUGAUGUAUAUAAUCUUGUAUGACAUCCUUUUUAGCCAGGAGGUUUUGUUAGCUGGUGAUGCAGAAAAGUUUCUACUGCAGAAAAAGGAUGUGUUGCAGGCAGCACUUGCCAAGCUUUUAGUUCGAAAGAAAGUAAAACAUUUCUCAGAUUUGAUGACUUCUUAUAAAAUUUCUGACCUUCCGAAACCCCGUUAUGCUCGUGUAAAUACUCUGAAAAUGGACGUAGAGUCUGCCCUAGUCGAAUUUAAGAAACAGUACGAGGUUUGUCAGGAUGCAAUGGUUCCUGACCUGUUGAUUUUACCCCCAAGGACUGACUUGCAUGAUCAUCCUUUGGUGAAAAGUGGAAGUGUCUUUCUGCAGGGUAAGGCAAGUUCCAUGGUUGCAGUUGCUCUUGGGCCUAAACCCAGAUGGGAGGUCAUUGAUGCAUGUGCGGCACCAGGGAACAAAACUGUUCAUCUAGCUGCUCUUAUGAAGGGAAAUGGAAAGAUAAUAGCUUGUGAACUUAAUAAAGAAAGGGUUAAACGUCUGAAGGACACAAUUGAACUGGCUGGAGCGACUAAUGUGGAAAUCAAGCAUGAAGACUUCUUAAACAUCAGUCCUGAGGAUCCAGCGUACUCGAAGGUUCAAGCAAUACUGUUAGAUCCAUCAUGUUCAGGCUCUGGGACUGUUGUUGAUAGAUUAGAUCACCUGCUCCCCUCAUAUACAACAGACUCUGAUGUCAAUAGACUAGAAAAGCUCGCGGCUUUCCAGAGAAAGGCUUUGGAACAUGCAUUAUCUUUUCCAGCUGUUGAGAGAAUUGUUUACAGUACAUGUUCUGUUAACCAAGUUGAGAAUGAAGAUGUUAUCAAAUCUGUUCUGCCUCUCGCUUCGUCUUAUGGUUUUGAACUGACAACAAUCUUUCCCCAGUGGGCUCGCCGAGGUCAUCCAAUUUUUGAUGGAUCUCAACGUGUGCUUAGAACCGAUCUCAUAGAGGAUCAGGAGGGCUUCUUUAUUGCUUUAUUUGUCAGGAAGGGUGUUAGCCCUCCAGCCAAGCACAUCAGAGAUGUUGGAAACACAUUACGAGCUCUUCAACGAAGAAAAAGGAGAAAGAUAAAUUCUUUCUUCCUCCUCAAAACUUUGGGUUUGUUAUUGUAAUAAUAGGUUUACUUGUAUCAAUCAUGCAAUCGAAAAAUGAUAAAAUCCUAGAGAAAAAUUGCCAGAAUUUGUCACCAGGUUAGAAUGUAGUUUGGCCGAAGUUUUGUUUUAUUCAUUUCAGGUUUCUGGUUGUCUCUACUAAACAGUUAAAUGUAUACAACAAAAACUUUCUGGCAUUUGAUGCUUACAUCAAAUUGUAUUUCUUUCUGCUUUUUUCCUUCUCAAAAAAAUAAUUAAACUUUCAUUA